AUGAGGGCCUUUGGACUGGGUGGCCUCAUAAACCUGGUAUCUUUGCUUGGAUUCCUGGUAAACUCGGCCACAGCCUGCCAGCCAUCUCUUCCGCUUCCCUAUAGAGUCCUCCAUCGAUUUCCCGACCCAACAUACCUCCAGAGUCUCUACGUCCGAUCCAACGGAGAUAUUCUAGUAACUACUGCCUGGCCAAAUGGGACGAUAUACUACGUCGCUGGGCCUACGACUAAGUCGCCCAAAGUCUCCCUGGUACACACGUUUGACCCUGAGAUCGUAAACGUUGCAACCAGCAUAAUCGAAACCCAGCCAGACGUCUACGCCUUUUACGCAGGCAAGCAAGUCCAUUUAGGAAUCGGUAUCAACGGCACUUUUGGCGUGUGGGAGCUUGACCUUCGCCCAACCCGCCGUCGCUAUAACCCUGGGAAGGCGAUAGUAAGGGAGCUUGUACACAUACCAAAUGGCGGUCUCCUGUCCGGAUUGGAACCGAUCCCAGACAGACCGAGCACUUUGCUCGUGGCCGACUCGACAGUCGGUGUGAUAUGGCAUGUCGACACCAUCACCCGCAAGUACAAACUCGGUAUCGAAGACCCAGCAUUGCGCGGUCCUGCCUGGGCACCUACGCAGUUUGGCGUUAAUGGCAUCCAGUACCACAAGGGUUAUCUCUACUGGACGAACAGUUUCGAGGCCACAGUUUAUCGCCUCCGGAUGACACGUCAAGGGUAUGCAGCACCCGGGGCCAAGGGUGAGCUCGUUAAAGAAAUCCGCUCGUUCUUCAUUGACAACUUCACCUUCGGCCCACGGAACAGUGACACUCUCUGGAUUGCGACCAAUGCGGAUAACCGUUUGAUCACCCUCUCACCCGGCGGGAAUGUCACCGCUGUCUUGGGUGAGCCGGACGAGCUGACCAUGUCAGGGGUGGUUCAGCCAGCGUUCGGGAAGCUUCGCGGUGACACCAAUACUUUGUAUGCUGUAACUUCAGGUGGGUUCAACUUUCCCAUAAAUGGAACAGUGACCGAAGGUGGGAAGAUUGUUGCUGUUGAUACUACAGACUAUUGUUAG